AUGGCCCAAGGCAAUGAAUUUACCCAUUCCUUUACGGAAACAAGCUCUGCCUAUGGGAUAAUGCAUAGACGUAUCGAAUGUCAAAACUUGAUCGAAGCUUUCCUAUUGAACUGCUUUCCAUUCCAUUGGCCCCCAGCGUCCCACUCUUGGAUUCGCUUACUUGGGGAGUUACCUACCAAAAGUCAAGCACUGGAGAUGUCAAGCGCAGCAGUCGCAGCUUCGGCGAUUGGACACAUGUUUCACGAUCAGGCCCUCGUCAAGCAAGGUCUGAAUUACUAUACACAGGGUCUUCGAGAGUUACAAAAGGCAUUAUGGGAUCCUAUUCUUAUGCGAGAAGAUGGGACCCUGGCUGCGUGCAUGGCACUAAGUCUUUAUGAGGCCCUUGAAUGUCCCAAUCUGGGAUCCGAAGGCUAUUUUAAUCACUGCCGUGGUCUCAUUGCUUUAAUUCAAUCCCGCGGCCAUGAGGUGCAUUCUUCAGGCGCCGGACAUCGAUUAUUUCUUGGUGUCCGAGUCCCAGGGAUCUUGUUUUCUUUGAAACAUCAUACCUCGACUAUGUUCUUCGAAUCCACUUGGAUGGAACAGCCUUGGGCAAGAAUACCAAAGUCGUCUCACGAUCGGGUAAUAGACUGUCUCGCCCAAGCCCCUAUGAUUCUCGAACGUGUGCGAUCAUUGCCUCACCUGAGUAUAUUUCAACAGGUCGAUUUACUCCACUGUUUAAUUGGUGAAUGCUGGCAAAUUGACAAACAACUGGAUGUAACCUAUGAUGAAAUGCGGCGAUCAGAAGCAGACGUGCUAUACUGGCCGGUUCCAUCGCAAACAGAACCUUUGGUUGAUUCUAGGGAUUCUGAGAAUCUGUUCGCAGUCGUUUUCUGUUUUCAAAACGCCCAGGUUGCUGCUACACUGAUGCUCCUGUGGGCAACGCGGACGAUGCUUUGGUCGGGUCUUUUUAAUAUGUAUCAGCACUUGGAAAGCGUUAUAUCUCUCCAGAAGCCAAGUUGUGUGGCUCUUGAGCCUUUGGAUCAAAGUUCUCUUUCGGAAGUGAUGGGUACAUUUAAUCCUAUUGACCGCUGUGGAGAAUAUCUAUCUGUGGCACAUCGAGUCUGUCAAUCCGUGGAAUAUUUUUUGAAAGAUGAAAUGCUGCUAGCGGGGCCAUUAUCUGUUAGUCCUGCGCUUGGGAUUGUGAUUGAUAGUUUACGGAAUCGGCCUGGUCAUGAUCGAGAAAUUGCGUGGAUACAAGCAGCCCUGGAGGUAGUUCGGCGAAAAGGACUUCGUGUUCUGCAAGAUGUGAAUAGUAUAUAA